AACAGUUAAAGAGAACCCACCGUUACUUGCUUGCUGAAACUCUUACUGCAUUGAAGAAACGACUGAAUUCCAGCAUAGGGUUGAUAAAACGCCCAGGACUGCGGUCUUGCGUCCAACACCAGCGUCCAACUGCAACUUAUAUAACGGUGAAGAAAGCAGCACAAACCGGCUAGCAAGCUACUUUUGGGAGGCGUUUUGCUGCUUGGUCGCAUCUCCCACUGCUGGGUGGGGAUCAGGGUCACGGAGCCUGUGAGUGCGUGGACAUUGUGGGUCAGAAAAAGCAAAGCAAAGUAGCCCAGCAGCCUUCACAGUCUAUGGGAACUGCUACGGCAGUCGAUGCAGUCUUCCGAAGGAACUCUUUCCCUGUGGCUGAGAACCCAGCAGCACCAGCAGCAUGUCCCACGUCUCCUCCACUGCCAAGCGCUAUGCUGGCUCGUCCUACACCAGCCACUAUAGCUCCUACAGCUCCCCCUUAACCCCAAGCCUUAGCUCCUACAGCGAGCGGAACAGGUUGUCCUCUUACAAGUCCCCUGCCUCCUCUACCUCUUCCUCAGGUUACACCUCUUCCAGCUAUCAAAGCAGCUCCACGAUCCGCAGCCGCAACUACAGCACUUCCCUGGACCCAGACCGGGGCCGGGUCAUCCCACGGACGGACAUCCUUGGAAGUAGCAGCAACCGCCGUAGUGAAAGCCUCAGUCGAACUCCGGUCAAGAGCUAUGCAGGUUCUGGACUUAGUGGGGGGUCAGCCUACGCAACGUACAGUUCUUACUCGUCCCCAUCAGUGCAGUCCAGCUACCUCUCCUCUUCACCGGUGGCCUCCAGAAUGUCGCUUAAUCGACAAAAAUCAACCUCCCAGAGUGACUUAACCAGGGACCUGUCAGCUCUGGGCCUCAAUGACGCCUCCUCCUCGCCCUCCUCCUCCAGCCCGUCUUCCUCCUCCAGCGCCUCGAGGAGCUGUCGCACUCGGACCAGUGAGGUGGCUAAUACGUAUGGCACAAACUCCUCAGGCGCGUCACGGAACACUACUCAGGAAGCCCCUUCAUGGCGCUCCACCAAGGAAGGCUUCAGUAGCGGCAGCAACAGAUCACACAAUUCCUCAGUGUGGGAGGCAAGCACGAGUGGAGUGUAUCCCCCCACGAGGGACUCUACGAACUCAAAGAGUGCCCAGGGACUGGUGGGACUGAAAAACCUGGGUAACACAUGUUUCAUGAAUAGUAUCCUGCAGUGUCUGAGCAACACACACAGCCUGCGAGACUACUGCCUGCACAACUCGCACCGCAGAGACCUUAACAACAACAGCCGCACCAACACCGCCCUCAUGGAAGAGUUUGCCAAGCUGAUACAAACCAUGUGGUCAUCAACCAGCAGCGAAGCUGUCAGUCCAUCUGAAUUCAAAACUCAGAUCCAGAGAUACGCUCCAAGAUUUGUGGGAUACAACCAACAGGACGCUCAAGAGUUCCUCCGCUUCCUCCUCGACGGCCUGCACAAUGAAGUCAACAGAGUUACGGUCAGGCCAAGAGGCACUGUCGACGAUUUUGAUCACCUGCCGGAUGAGGAUAAAGGGAAGAAGAUGUGGACUAAAUACCUGGAGAGGGAAGACAGUAAAAUCGUUGACUUGUUUGUUGGGCAGCUCAAGAGCUCCCUGACCUGCAGCCAUUGUGGUUUCUGCUCAACUGUCUUUGACCCUUUCUGGGAUCUGUCUCUUCCCAUUGCCAAGAAAGGCUAUGGUGAGGUCAGCCUCAUGGACUGCAUGCGGCUCUUCACCAAAGAAGAUGUCCUGGAUGGUGAUGAGAAGCCAACGUGCUACAAGUGCAAAGCUAGACGAAGAUGCACCAAAAAGUUCACAGUACAGAAGUUCCCCAAGAUCUUAGUUCUGCACCUCAAGCGCUUCUCGGAAGCGAGAAGAACCAGCAAACUGUCAACCUUUGUCAACUUCCCCAUGAAGGAUCUUGACUUGCGAGAGUUUGCCUCCGAAAACAGCAUAAAUGCGGUGUACAACCUGUAUGCAGUGUCCAACCACUCAGGCACCACAAUGGGGGGUCACUACACAGCCUACUGUCGCAACCCUACGUCUGGGGAGUGGUACACCUUCAAUGACUCCAGAGUAACGCCAAUGUCCUCCAGCCAAGUGCGGAGCAGCGACGGCUACGUCUUGUUCUACGAGCUGGCUUCCUCCUCGCGCAUGUGAAUCCCGGUCAAACGAUGACAGGCCGCAAGCAGCACUCUCGACAGACAGUCGGAUGGAAAACAAAGCGAGGACACGCGCACGAAGGCUCGCCUCCACCAAGAUGGAGGCGGCUUCUCUCAGCAGCAUGGUGGCAGAAGAGACACACAAAACGGAAUCACCAGCCCUGCUUUCCCCCUCCUUGUCUAUACACACUAACGUUUUCAUCCAGGGUAGAGGGGUGUGUGUGUGUGUAGUGUGUGCAUGUGUGCGUGUGUGUAUGCGUGCGUGUGUGCGUGCGUUAUGUUAGACGGAUACAGGGCAAUAAUUGCAUUGACCCCAAGGAACCUAUCCACAUCCAUCUCCCACGUCUCUCUAUGCACCACAAGUUCAACUCCUGACUGCGCCUUCACCUUUUCUUGGUUGCCUCGAACCGUUCAGAUGACUUGCAGGUUUUUUGACUCCAUUCUGCUUUAGAGAAUUUGUUUUAUUUGUCAUUUUAAUGUUAUUUGAGAUUGCAAAAUCAUUUUAGCGCGUCAUUACAGCCAUUUUGGAUUUGAGCUAAACCGUCCUCACUUCGUGACUUUAACAAUAAUGGUAAAGAUUACAAGAUGCUUGAAGCCCACCGGCCACUUGCACUGCACCAAAACACUCCUUCAUUUUUGUCAGCAUCAACUUCCCUUUUUGCUCAAGAAAUGGCUGUGAUGCCCGUGGCACUGUGAGCAGUAUACUUUGAAUUGAGAUGGCUUUUUUCCCCGCCACACAUGGUUGCUAUCGAUGUUUAAAAAGUGUUAUGAAUGAGUGGAGAGGCGAGCAUUUGACAUGGAUUCAUUCAUAUGAUAAAAGUAAUGCUUAAGUCCUCAUCAGUCCAUAUGAGGUCUUCCUCCUGUUUCAUGCCAUUGAACAACAAGAAAAGAAUGUUUCAAGAAGACAAAAAACAUAAUCUGUAUAUUUUUAUAUUCUGAUGCAAUAUAGAGAAUGUACAAUUCAAUGGUGCUGAAGGUGACCCAUAACUGUUGUCAUUUGGUUUAGUUACCAGGUUUCAAGAAAGACAGAAAAAAAGAUAUUUAUGCUUAAAGGAUAUUGUAAUGAGACACUUUUUAACAGUUGCAGUCAAAAAUGAGUAAAUAUGGUAAAUGGAUAUAUAUGAAUAAAAUUCCACUAAACUAUU